GUCUCUCUCAUCAUUUUCCAUGUUUCCUUUCUAAUUCUUCUUCGAAUAUGGUCGAAACCCAUUCUCUUUUCCUCUAUUUGGUUUGAUUAUGCAAUGCUUUCAAUCUCCACUCUAAAGUGAUUGAUCACUUGUAUCUCGUAAAAUGUCUACAUUAGAAGAUCCAGUAGCAGAUGUAGAAUUGGGGCAGCAGAAACGGAGGCAGAGGCGUCGGCGUCGCAGGCAGCGUCAAUCAAUUUCCGGAGCCGGAGGGAGCGAGAGCACGACGGACGGGAGCCGUUAUUUCUCCGAUUCUGAAGACGAUCAUCCGUCGUGGCAAUCAUCGCCAGAGAAAUGUGGGUUCCCGGAUGAGAUGGAGAGGAGCGGCGGCGGCGGAGGCGGCGGGGGCAGCGGCAGCGGUGGUUCAAGAAGGAAAAAUGGGAAAGAAAAGACGGCGGCGGCGGCGGAGGAGGAGUUUGAUGAAGUGGAUUUGGAAAAUGGGGAUUUGGAGAUGAGGGUGCAUGUGAGUAAGAAGAGGAGAGUAAAGAGGGAAUGUAGGAUUUGUCAAAUGAGAUUGGUGGAGAAGGGUGAAGAGGACGAAGUUGGUAUUGAAUUGGGUUGUUUCUGUAAAGGCGAUUUGGGGGAUUGUCACAAGAAAUGCGCUGAGGCAUGGUUCAAGCUCAAAGGAGAUACAACCUGUGAGAUCUGUGGGGCAAUUGCAAUGAAUGUUGUGAUAGAGCCACCAGUAAUAAAUGAGGCAGACAUCAAUAUUAAUGCUGCUGCGGCGGCGGCGGGGGCGGCAGGAAAUUUAGCUCCGGCGGUGGCGGCGAAUUUGGAUCCUAUUUUGGAGUUACAGAAUUACUGGCAUGGGCGCAGAGUGAUGAAUGCCAUUCUUACUUGCUUGGUCCUUGCCUUGGUCAUUUCUUGGAUCUUUCACUUUAACUUGGGAUCCAAAAACUGAUCCUAGAUGAUGAAUGGAAUAUGGAUGGAUGGAUGGAUGGAUGGAUGAUACAACAACAACAACAAGGGUUUAGUUAUUACAGUUAAUUGGAAUUGGAAUGUUUUCUUCUUUCUUUUUAUGGAGUUGCAGGGUAUUUAAAUAUACAGAAAGAUGUUUUAAUUUAUUUAC